AUGGAGAGGAGCAAAGAGAUGUCCCAAAUGUUUCCAAAUGGGCUUACAUCUCUGAACCUUAGCUCAAACCUGGGUCGAGCCAACCUGGUCCAGAAAUGUUACCGUGCGAGCCAACCAUUCCAAGCCCAGCUCAAGCAGCUAGCUCAGUCCAACGGCGAGGAUACCUGCACUACGUUCGAUGCCGUAGCAGCACAUGUGUGGAGGUGUUGGGUGAAGGCGCUCGAUAUCCGUCCUCUGGAUUAUGAUCUACGGCUGACGUUCGCCAUCAAUGUCCGUCCUAAACUGACAGAUCCACCGUUGAAAGAUGGUUUUUUGGGCAAUGCAGUAUGUGUAGCAUGUGCUACGAGCACGGUGGGCCAGCUUGUUGAUGGACAAAUCUCCGCCGUUGCUCGAUUAGUCCGUGAGGCCCGUCUUGGUAUGUCAGAAGAGUAUGUGCGGUCCACGAUCGAUUACAUCGGGGUGGAUCGGCCUACAAGGCUCGAUUUCGCUGGGAAGCUGACGAUCACGCAGUGGACCCGGUUCUCUAUCUAUGAGUCGUCGGAUUUCGGGUACGACCGGCCCGUUUAUGCAGGCCCGAUUGAUCUGAAGCCCACACCACAGAUGUGCGUGUUCUUGCCAGAUGGUGGGCCAUCUCCAGGGAGGAGAAACAAGCCAAGCAAAAUGGAGAGGAAGAAACACGAGGUAGUUGAAAGGGCCAAGAGGCCUUUCUUGGAGCAACAAAUGAGGGAGGACCAAGGGUCUAACAAGAAGCAGAAAACCAAUGAGGAAGUUGAGGUUCCCAAGUCUCUACAACGCUUCAUUCGCAAGAAGGUAGAGUGA